GAAAACGUGAUGUCGUUCCACUUCUAUUCUUUAAUGCACUGGGGUGUCAUUACCUGGCAUACCUGGAGCAUUGUGUUAUUUAGUUUAGCAGCGUCACAUUUUUCAGCACCAAUGAAAACCUUCCAUGGGCGGGAUCUCCUCACAGACCACGCCCUGUUCCCCUCAAAAUUAAUUCAGCAGCGCACUUAAGUGUAAAGGUGGGAGUCACGGGACCAGACCGUGCUCGAGCUUAAUUCGGCCAAUGGUGUUUGAGUAAAGUUAGAGGGGGCGUGCCAGGAUUCGGCGUGUGGGCGGAGUCGGGGAAACGUUUAUAUUUAGACGCCUGCGUCAAUACCUGGGCCGUAUCAAGGCUGCUGACAGGCGCAAUUAGAUUUUUUUUAUUUCCGCCCCUGACUCGAGAAGAAGACUUCCCAGGCAGGACUGGUGGGCUGCCUGUCUUCGUCGUGACGUUUUCCCCCGACUGCGUUACGUUUCGAGACAUCAAGAAUUAUCGGAGGCAAAAAAACGGAGUUAAACGAGGAAGACGAGAAACGACCUUCUCCGACGUCUGCAAUCAUGAUGUCCAUGAACAGCAAGCAAGCUUUCAGCAUGCAUCCGAUUCUCCACGAGCCCAAAUACACACCUCUGCACUCGAGCUCGGAGGCGAUCCGGCGGGCAUGUCUGCCCACACCGUCGCUGCAGGGAAACAUCUUCGCCGGUUUCGAUGAGACGCUGCUGCAGAGAGCCGAGGCUCUGGCCGCGGUGGACAUUGUGACCCAGAAGAGCCAUCCGUUCAAGCCAGACGCCACGUACCACACCAUGACCACGAUGACAAGCAUGACAGGCACCCCAACGUCCUCCCCGGCGCACCUGCAUCACCCGUCCGUGCUCACGUCUCAUCAUCACGCACACCACCCGCACCACCACCACCAGCCGGCUCAGGGUCUGGAGGGAGACCUGCUCGAUCACCUCUCCCCCGCGAUCUCGCUCGGCGGCAUGCCGACCGCCGCGGACAUGGCUUCAGGCGCGUCCCACGCACACUCGCACAUGGCCGCGGCUAUCAACCACGCGCAGCACCAUCACCAUCCGCACGCGCAGGCCGUAAACGUGCACCACCCGCACCACGCCCUGGCCGCGCACGCCUCCCUCGCCAGUGCCAGCGCCGCGUCCAUUGACGCCGAGCCAGACCCCCGCGAGCUCGAAGCGUUCGCCGAGCGCUUCAAGCAGCGUCGCAUUAAGCUCGGCGUGACCCAGGCGGAUGUGGGCGCCGCGCUCGCUAACCUCAAGAUACCCGGGGUCGGGUGUCUGAGCCAGAGUACGAUCUGUCGGUUCGAGUCGCUCACGCUCUCGCACAACAACAUGGUGGCCCUGAAGCCCAUCCUCGAAGCGUGGCUCGAGGAGGCCGAGAGGGCGCAGCGCGAGAAGAUGGCCAAGCCCGAGAUCUUCAGCAGCGGCGACAAAAAGCGCAAGCGCACAUCCAUCGCUGCGCCAGAGAAGCGCUCGCUCGAGGCCUACUUCGCCGUGCAGCCACGACCUUCGUCCGAGAAGAUCGCCGCCAUCGCCGAGAAGCUCGACCUGAAAAAGAACGUGGUGCGCGUCUGGUUCUGCAACCAGCGGCAAAAACAGAAGCGCAUGAAGUUCUCAGCGACGCACUGA